AGGGAGGUAGAGGAGGGAGGGGAGGGGAGUGAGCGGAGGGAGGAGACCUGGGACCAUGUCGUCACCUCUUCCCGGCCUUUAAAAGCGACGGCUGCGCUGAAGGACCCCACAGGACGAAGUCGUCAAGCACUCCCACACUUCCCACUGGCAUCUCGCUUCUUCCACCACCACCAUCACAGCAGCAGCAGCAGCUCGCAUAGGCCGGGCUGGUCUCCAGGCACAAGCGGCGCCCUGCUGGAGGAGGACUUCUCGCCCAGCAACUCGAGUCGGGGGAGCGGACUGGCUGUGUUUCGCGGACUGCAACAGGAUCGUAUUAUGCGCUUAAAGAGUCGCGUCCCCACCACUCUUAUGGAAGAAGCCCUGGUCCAAGAAUUCUGCCAAACGGUCCACUACAGUGAAAGGGACGCGUUUCGGGAGUCUUGAUGAGCUGAGAACCCUUUUCCCAUCAAGAUUUCGGGCAGAGUACACCUACCUGCAUCUUCAUUACAUCAGUCCCGCUACCACCACCACUACCACCUCUACCAACCCUCCGCUCAUUUCGUGCUAUAAAAUACAUUCAGAAUUAGGCUUUUUUCACGUUUGUGGAAAAAAACGUUUUGGAAAUAUCCGCCGCAAGUCAACAUAACACGCUCGCACAGAGGGGAAAAUGGUUGGUCUUCGGCCCACGGAUGUUCCGCCGACCGCGGCUGUGAAGUUCAUUGGCGCCGGCACCGCGGCGUGCAUUGCCGACCUCAUCACGUUCCCUCUGGACACGGCUAAAGUCCGCCUGCAGGUCCAGGGCGAGUGCCAGCGCGGCGGAGAGGGGGCGGCGCGCUCUGCUGGCGUACAAUACCGCGGUGUGUUCGGCACCAUCGCGGCCAUGGUGCGCACGGAGGGCCCGCGCAGCCUCUACAGCGGCCUCGUCGCCGGGCUGCAGCGGCAGAUGAGCUUCGCCUCGGUCCGCAUCGGCCUCUACGACUCCGUCAAGAACUUCUACACCAACGGCGCUGAACACGCGGGGAUUGGCUGCCGCUUACUGGCCGGCUGCACCACCGGCGCGAUGGCCGUGACCUUUGCGCAGCCCACCGAUGUGGUGAAGGUUCGAUUCCAGGCGCAGGUGAACAUGCUGGGCACCUCCAAGCGCUACAGCGGAACCAUCAAUGCCUACAAGACCAUCGCACGGGAGGAGGGCGUCCGUGGCCUCUGGAAAGGCACUGGCCCCAACAUCACGCGCAACGCCAUCGUGAACUGCGCGGAGCUCGUGACCUAUGACAUCAUCAAGGACACCAUCCUCAAGUACAAACUGCUGACUGACAACCUGCCCUGCCACUUCGUGUCCGCCUUCGGAGCGGGCUUCUGCACCACCGUUGUGGCGUCUCCUGUGGAUGUGGUGAAGACGCGGUACAUGAACUCUGCCCCCGGCCGGUAUCCCAGUGCCUUCAACUGUGCCUACCUCAUGCUGACUAAAGAAGGAGCCAUGGCUUUUUACAAAGGGUUUGUGCCGUCGUUCCUGCGCCUGGGCUCCUGGAACGUGGUGAUGUUCGUCACGUACGAGCAGCUCAAGCGCGGCAUCAUGAUGGCCAAGCAGUCGUGGGAGAUGCCCUUCUAGAAGGAGGUUGUGUGCGGCUCCCCCAACGGUCCGUCGUUCCGUGCACGUGACCAAGCACGCGAACGGCGGCCAAGUGGUGCAAGACGUGUCGUCGGACAGAACAACAUUACGCACAGCAAAAUUUUGCUCAAUAAUUAUUCUUCUUCUUCAUAGGGCUCAUUGCUCCAGCCGUUACUGCCCCUGAUCUAUGUUUUCCCCAAAUAUUAAGUUUUUUUUUGCCUGUGUUGCUCGUCGAUGUGAAACACUUGCUUUGAAACUCUUUAAUUCUCGUAAGUGGCCAAGUUUAAGUUGACUUGCGGUGGAAGGAAGAAUUCACGAGUUAAACCCCAGACCAGGUCAGGGUCCUAUUCCACCAAUGCUCUGCCUUUAUCGUUUACGCCUUUUGCCGCAUAUUCCAGGAUGUUUCGCAGGCAAAAAUAAUUAUUUUUCCUAUUUUUUUUUAGUCUGUACUUUGAGUUUUUAUUAUUAAAUUGUUGUGCCUUUGAUCGCUGGUCGAAAUUUACUUUUUUUUUAUUAGUGGCAGUUGUAAGUAGUACAACUGUUCUAGUACAUUGAUUAUUUAAAUGACUUUAGGAGGAUGUCUUCUGGUGAUAUUUGCACAGCUGAGGAAUCUUUGUGCUUAAACUUUGGGCAUUAACCAUACGAGGAUUUUAAUUUGCCUUUUAUCACAUUUGCAGCAGCUUCAACCUUUUUAAUGAACUUACAACCAUGUGUUGACCAGCAUUUUUCCGGGUUUUUUUGACCUUGCGACAGCAUUGUUUAACUAACCGCAUCACUUAUGCACAAUUGUAAGUAGACCAAAACUGUAAGAUUGCUGAAUUUCGGACGCUCGGUUAAGUGAGCAAUAAUUAAUGUGUUUUUCUUAAGGCGACAGCUGCUGGUACAAUUAGAGUGGUGGACGUCUUUCUCGAAUGGCUGAUUUAUUUGCGUGCGCGCGUGUGGGGGGGUAUACGACUAUAAUUUAACGUUUACAUUUCAAACUAGCGCGUGUUUUCUAUGGAUGGUUCACAUUAGGCCCCACAAACGACAGGGUUGAAGGAUAUUUUAAUUCCACAUUAAUAACUUAUCGUGGUGGUUCUGAAUGCUGAUGUGUUUUAUCUCCUGGUGCAUGCCUGAGUUGUGCUUCUCUGUGGUUCAUUUCUCUGCGAUGGUACGUGAAAACUAACUGGGUGCUUUGACACGUUUUUGAAACUAUGCACACACACGUGCGCGCACAUCUUCAGUUUACCAACACAGCUUGCUGUGGGCGUUUUGAAAAUGUUGGUUUAAUUAAAGAAACUUGCAUGUUUUAAAAUGUACAA